UAUUGAACAUGUACCGUUACCUCUGAGACCACGUUACGUGUUUUCGUGUGCACCAAUUAAUAGGAAAAUGCCAUUUGUUUGUACAAUGUUUUUGAAGGUUAGUUCUUUUGUUGAUCCUCCACUUAUACUACUCAUCAUAGGAUUAUCAACUCAUCUUACCGCCAACUUUGAGAAUUGAGAUUAUUGAUUGAUGUACAAGAAAAGGUUUUUGUACGAUCUGUUCAUGAAGAGUAUUAUCCUUUUCUGAAAACAAGGCGGCUCGGCAGAAUGUUUAUCACAUUUGAACGAAAAGUGAUAGAGACAUACGAUUUUCACCGUUGGAUAGAGAACAUCGGGGGACGUAAGCGUAUGCAGAAACUAGACUUCCAUGCAAAGUUUACCAUGGUUAGAUUCGGUAAUCUACUCAGCUGCCUUUCUUUUUUAAAACGGUAAUAGGUGUUUAUAUUUUAUCAUGUUUUUGAAUAAUGCAUAUCACAAAAAGAAAAUAAAUACAUAGCAAAAAGCAAAACCGAUAUUAAUAUGCAAAAUUUUUUCUGCAGGAACACAAAUACUGACCAACUUGUAUAUUUGAAAUGAACAAAUACAUACAUACUGCAUUGGAAUUUAAACAAAAGAACAAGUCACGCACAUGACCUUUAUUGAAAGCGAAUUUCGAAAACGUGUAUAUACGGGUUUGUUCUCAAAAGGUUAACGACAGAAGGCUCAGUACCGUUUGGGUGGCAUAGUGAACGAAUUAAAGAAUUUUGAAAAGAUUUUUAUUGUAGAAUUCUUCAUUUCUCAUGAAACUGCUUCGACUAACUGAGAAAUCAUCUCAUUCACACUCAUUUUCUUUACAUCCUCUUCCCAUGAAUUCCACAAAUGAGAGCAGAGACCUUCUACAUAUCUACUCUUAGACAACAAAAUAGUACAUCUACUCCCUAAUGUAGUAUGCAAAGUAAUUUAUUUGAAUGAGUAAAACUUUUUUAUGUAUUUCUUUACGCUGGCAUUUUUUCAAAAUUCUUCAAGUAUAAUGGUUAGUAUUGAAAUUUGCUUGACGGUACUGGUCAAUUAAAGCAUAUAUCUAAGGUUAAAUGAACAAGUGUAAUUUGAUAAAAGUAGCGAGAGAAUCUAUUGAUGUUGUGUAUAAGUUACUUUGUUUAUGUUUGUGAAAAUCUCUAGGUCAUGUUAGACGGACGUUUAUUCACCGUCAUCGUGUUCAACCCGCUUUUUUACAAAAGUCUCAUCGUCAAACACCACCAGUAACACCAAAAACCAUUAACGCAAACACAAAUAAUAAUAAUAAUAAUAAUAAUAAUAAUAAUAAUAAUAAUAAUAAUAAUCGUUUAAAAAACAUAAUGCUUGAUCGAAAACGACAAGAGGUAGAAAAUUAUGUUUACAAAAAACUUGAACAAUAUACGUUAAAAUCACGUUUAUGGCAAAUAAAAAAUUCCCAUCAUAUCAAACGACGUUUAUUAGAGAAAGCUCAUCGUUUAUCUGAAGAUCACUCUAUAUCCGAAGAUAUCAUUGAACAAUGGAUAAAUCAAAUUAUUAUUCGUUUCGAUCAAUAUAUACAACAAAUUAAAGCAUUAUUAUCAUCAAAAUAUUACCAAAAUAGUGAUAAUAACAAUACCAAUGAUCACAUCGAAUUAUUUCAAAAACAAUUAAAAGCAAGUAAAUGGCGUACAAUGCAAAUUCAACGAGCAAAACAAUUACGAUUAGGUGGUAGUGAGGAUAAUGAUGAAUUAUUAAAACAAUAUUAUAAAUAUGUUAACGAAACUUUAACACCGAAAAAAAAUGAAACAUCAAUUUCAAAAAUUAGAAAAGAACCAUUUGACUUAAAUGUUGAAUAUGCACAAGCAGAAGCAAACGGAAAUGAAUAUUUAAAAAAAUUAUUAAACAAUUAUAAACAACGUUCAAAACCAGAUUUGGAUUUAUUAGAAGAAAUGAUUGAAUUAGGUUUAGAUCAAAUGCAAUCUCGUCCGUCUAAUUCUGAAAUUCAAGCUGCUGUUAAUCAUGACAGUCAUAUAUUGACAAAACUAUCAAUAAUUUAUAAAACAAAACAAGCAUAUGAACUAAAUUUAAAAAAUACGGCUGAUGAUUUUAUGUUAUUACGUUUUGGAAAACAAUUUGGAGAUAAUAAAACACGAGAAAUAAAUGAAAAUUUUACUCAUAUGAUUCAUCUGUAUAUUAAAUCUGUUGCAUUAAUAUAUUACUAUAUUCAUACAAGUGAAGAUAAUUUAACAUCGUCUAAUAUUAGUGAUUUAUUUUUUAUUCAAAAAAUACAAAAAAUCAACAUGAAUGCGAUAUUUUCACCCGAUACAAAUAUCGAUCAAUGGACAUGGUUAUUUGAAAAAUGGAAUGAGGCUUUAAGAAUAUUUCCAAUUUAUUUAACAGAAGUUGGUGCAUUUACUCGUCUGUUACGUACAACUAUUGGUAUUGGUAUUGCUCGUUUGUAUAAUUUUGCUGAAAAAAUGACAGAUAACACUACUAUCUUAUCACAAACCGAAAUAGACACGAAAGUAUUUCAAGCAUUACAAAUGGGCUAUUAUUUUGGUAUUGCUUAUGCUUGUGUUGAUAGUUUACAAGAUGAAAUUAAAAAUACUGACAUAUUAAAACAGUAUCAAUCAAUCUUAGAAAAUACUACAGAUAGUCAACAAGAAACAAUACAAGAUGUUGUUGAUAAAUGGUUACUUAUAAUGGAAAAAUUUUUAUGUGGAGAAGAUUAUGAUCGAACUAAAAUACCGAAAACAACAAUGACACCGUUUCUUUUAGAAACGUUUGAUUGUCUACUAGAAUUGACACAUGUAAACAAUGUUACAUUAGAUACAUUCAAUGAUCUAGCAUUACUAUUAAGAUCACAACGAUCGGAUAAAAAAGAAACAGCAGGACAGGUAUAUUCGGAUCAACAACUGUUUUUAGGUGCUGUUAUGAAGUCUCAUUUUACGUACACAUGUACCACACACAUGGCUGAUGUCAAAUCAGCCAGAGAAGAAAGUGAACGCCUAUGGUUAAUGCCAUUUCUUGGUCAAUUAACAGAUGAUUGCCGUGAUUUUUAUGAUGAUUUAAAGUCAAAAUCUGUAACAUCCUUCACGCAUUAUGCUGAAUUGAUACGUUGUGGAAAAUCAAUAGCGACAACUACUACAGUACAAAAUCCAUUUUAUGCUUUUUUAUACUUAUGUGAAGACUUAUAUACCACCAGUAACAAAGAGCUUACAAUGGGCGCAUUUCUGGGUCGACGUAUCCUGCGUACCUUGCGUUCAAUUGAAUUGAGUACAGGAGAAAGUUCAUUACACGAAUUUUUACAUAUUUUCUGUUAUGAUAACAGUGAAUUAGAAAACUACUGUUGGUCACAUUUAAGAACAAAAUUUUCCAAUGUUACUGAUCCGGAAAAAUCAUUUUUUCGUUCUAUCAAUAAGUAUAGUGUUAAAUAUGCACGUACAAAUCGAAAACUUGAAACAUAUAUUAGUGAUCAUUUGAAACAAAUUGAAGAUAAUUUAAACAUUCACUCGUUUCGUGAAACAAAUAUCAAUCAAGUAAAAACAUGUACACAUGAUGAAAAUUUACUUAUUACUGCAAUGAAUUACAGCUUGAAGGCAGGUGGCAAGCGAUUGCGUCCUCUAUUAAUGUUCAUGGCGGCCGAUCAAUAUAAUAUUGACGUAACGAAAAUAUUACCUCUGGCAUGUGGUAUUGAAUAUCUCCAUACGUCGAGUCUCAUCUUAGAUGAUCUUCCUGCUCAAGACAACAGUGAUCUAAGACGUGGACGACCUACAUUGCACAAAACAGUAAUUGAUGAUGAUAUUCCAAACACAUUAUGUGAAGGACGUGCACAAUUGGCUGCUGUUGACCUCAUUGCUUUCAGUAUGAGUCUGGUUAAUCAUGAUUUAGUUAAAAAUGGUUUUCCUGCUGAUAGAGUUAAUCGAGUUGUUAGUGAAAUAUCACUAUCAAUGCAUGAACUAUGCGUUGGACAAAUGAUGGAUUUAAGGGCAGCACGUGUCGGCUUAAUAUCAACAACAACAACAGUCAAUGCUGACGACAAUAGUGCUAUGCUCGAGGAACUAGAUCGAAUUGCUUGGUUAAAAACGGGUAAAGCUAUUGAAGUUGUAUUAAUUACACCGGCUAUACUCGCAUCUAAAAAUACAAGUGAGGACGAACUACAACGCAUUAGAGAUUUAGGACGUUUAUUAGGAAUCUUGUUCCAAAUGAAAGAUGAUGUCUUAGAUAUUGAGGGUGAAGAUAUUGGUAAACCACAACAACUCGAUGAAAGAAAUAAUACAGUGACGUAUGUGUCAAUAUUAGGUGUUGAUGGUGUAAAACGACGUUUAAUAGAAUUUAAGCGUGAAACUAUUUCACUUUUGAACUCAUUAUGGCCUAGUGCUGGCACGGUAAAAGAUGUGGUAGAUCUUAUUGUAAAUAGAAAAAAAUAA